UUUAAUAAUACUACCAACUUACUUACCUUUUAUUAUCCCUUUUUAACAUUUUGGCAUCGUUUACUUCUUUAUUUCCCUGAAAAAGACGCAACACUCACUCUUCAGCAUCUCCACGCCGCUGCCACCUUCCACACCGGCUCUCGUUCCACUUUUUGUUUCUAUCCAGCUUGUCUGUACAUUUCAGGCUUCCAUGGCCAAUAGUAUUGCAGCAGGUGCUGAGCUUUCAUGCUGCUUUGCAGCAUAUAGUAGAAACUCUCACAACAAACCAAACCCCACUAAAACCCUGUUACAGAAAGGCGAAAUUAAUGGCUUUUCCAGUAGGUUUCCCCUGUUAUCUGUGUCUUCCAACAAAGUGCAGCCCAGAAGAGUUGAAAACAGUGGCCAUAUGUUUGCAGUUUCAAAAAGUAGUUCCUUUGGCAGGUUAACAUAUAAGGAUGCUGGUGUAGAUAUUGAUGCUGGGUCUGAACUUGUUAAGAGAAUUGCAAAGAUGGCUCCUGGGAUUGGAGGCUUUGGUGGUCUUUUCCCGCUGGGUGAUUCUUUCCUUGUUGCUGGCACAGAUGGUGUGGGAACCAAACUUAAGCUGGCAUUUGAAACUGGAAUACAUGACACUAUUGGGAUUGAUCUGGUUGCAAUGAGCGUUAAUGACAUUGUUACAUCUGGGGCAAAGCCAUUAUUUUUCUUGGAUUACUUUGCUACAAGCCACCUAGAUGUUGACCUUGCUGAAAAGGUUAUAAAAGGCAUAGUUGAUGGUUGCCAACAAUCUGACUGUGCUCUUUUAGGAGGAGAGACCGCAGAGAUGCCAGAUUUUUAUGCAGAGGGAGAGUACGAUCUCAGUGGUUUUGCAGUUGGCAUUGUUAAAAAGGAUUCUGUUAUUGAUGGGAAAAACAUUGUGGCUGGGGACGUACUCAUUGGCCUGCCAUCUAGUGGAGUCCAUUCCAAUGGUUUCUCUCUUGUCAGAAGGGUUUUGGCUCGAAGUGGCCUUUCACUGGAGGACCAACUUCCUGGUGAUGCAAUUACAUUAGGUGAAGCUUUGAUGGCCCCAACUGUUAUAUAUGUUAAGCAGGUGUUGGACAUAAUCAGCAAGGGAGGGGUGAAAGGCAUAGCGCACAUCACUGGUGGUGGUUUUACUGACAAUAUACCUAGAGUCUUUCCGAAAGGCCUUGGUGCUGUCAUCUAUGACAACUCUUGGGAAAUCCCACCAGUAUUUAAAUGGAUUCAACAGGCUGGAAAAAUUGAAAACAGUGAGAUGAGGCGGACUUUUAACAUGGGAAUUGGGCUGGUUCUAGUUGUGAGCCAAGAGGCUUCCCACAAAAUACUCGAUGGAGCAAACGGAGCCUAUAAAGCAUACCGUAUUGGUGAGGUUGUGAACGGCGAAGGAGUUGCCUAUCACUAAAACAUGUAUCAUACAUUUUACAUGUACGUCAACUUAUUUCUUCAUGUCUUUGUCAAGAUGAGGUCCACAAUUGCGGCUUGAUUGUAACAUUUCUAUAAUUUGAACCUUCACAGAAUCACACAUGCUAUAGAUUUUAAUGCUUGUAGCUCUUUCAAUAAAAUGGGAAUUGAUAUUGCCAUUCCCAUCUGGUAAUUUUGCUCUA